CAGGGGGCGGGGCUGCGCUCGGGCGCGCGGGCCUUAUAGUCACCCGGAAGGCGCGCGGGGUCCCCGCUGGCGAACGCAGCAGGCCCUCGAGGGAACCUCGGCCCCGAGAGCCCUCUGCGCCUCUUCUCUCCGCAGACCCGAGCGGCGUCAGCCCGCCCGUACUCGCUGAGUCUGCCCCCGCGGCCGCUGCCGUGCGGCCUGCGUCGCCUCCCGUACCCCGACAGGCUAUGGCCGCCCGCCUCCUGCGAGUCGCCUCCGCCGCCCUCGGCGACACGGCCGGCCGGUGGCGGCUUCUCGCGCGACCGCGCGCGGGAGCCGGCGGCCUCCGCGGGAGCCGAGGGCCGGGCCUGGGCGGCGGCGCGGCGCCGACGCGGACGCUGAGCGUAUCGGGGCGAGCGCAGAGCAGCUCAGAAGAUAAAGUAACAGUCAACUUUAUAAACCGUGAUGGUGAAACAUUAACAACCAAAGGAAAAGUUGGUGACUCUCUGCUAGAUGUUGUGGUUGAAAAUAAUCUAGAUAUUGAUGGUUUUGGUGCAUGUGAGGGGACCUUGGCUUGUUCUACCUGUCACCUCAUCUUUGAACAGCACAUAUAUGAGAAAUUGGAAGCAAUCACUGAUGAGGAGAAUGACAUGCUUGAUCUGGCAUAUGGACUAACAGAUAGAUCGCGGUUGGGCUGCCAGAUUUGUUUGACAAAGGCUAUGGACAAUAUGACUGUUCGAGUACCUGAUGCCGUGUCUGAUGCCAGAGAGUCCAUUGAUAUGGGCAUGAACUCCUCAAAGAUAGAAUAAAUAGGAAUAUUUUCACAACAUUUUACCCUAUUUUUAUAAUUAUUAUUUCUUAAUGUAAUUAAAUGAGAACAUGGAUGAAUUUAUUAUUAUGACUAGAUUUACUACUUAAUUCAUCUGAUAUAACUGCUGAAUUUUGUAGUUCUGGAUGUAUGCCAUUUUUAUUUUGAUUAAAUUAUAAAAACAAAUACUAGAAAGUAGUUAAUAUGAUAAAACCUUAUAUAUUUUACCUGUGAUUGAUCAGCAACAUAAAUCUUAUGCCUACUUACCUAUAAGUAAGUAGGUUAAAAAAGGGUAUCAUUCUCUCUCUUGGAUGUGGGUGGAGGCAGAGAUGUAAGGUGGCUUGUCUAGGACCCUACUGCAAAUUAGAAGGUCAGUACCAGAACUGUACAUGUUUAAAUCGAAACUGGGGAAAUUAGGGAUAUCUUAUUUAAAGUCUGAGCACAGAUAAUAAAGCACUGUCAAAGAUG